CAGCACCACCGAUGUCACGUGUGCCGCCAGGUGUCUAAAUCGAAAAGAUGGUCGCCACCUCGGCUACCUUCUCGAGCCAAGUUUCCGGUACUCAUGGCGGGCGAGUGGAUAAGCAUGAAGUGCGAAGUUCGACCGUUCGGGUUGUUUCUUCUACGACGAAUGAAAUUUUUCAAUUUCAAUCAGAGCUGGUAUGGAGAGUAUCAGUACUUCAAAGAUGCCAAGUGUCAAGUGGCCAUGUACGUAUUAAUCGCCGAGGGUGAAUACCGGCCAGGCCAUCAGCAUAGAGGAUCCACAAACUAUGACUUUAUUGUAGAAAAGGCAUUAAUUAGGCCUCUUGAUCAGCUGUUUGUGGACAAUCUCAAUGGCCAUGAUAGUGGGAUGUGUGGGCACAAAGAUUUUUGGCGACUAAACGAUUCACAAGACGUGACAUUUAGCGGGGGUUGUAGCGGAAUUGGUCUGAUUGUCCCAAACACGGAGUACGAUAUUGUUCGCACAGACAUAGAUUAUCACGGUCGGCCACAGCUGUAUCUGGGAGAUACGGACUCGGACAUUAUUCCUUCAACUCCGGACAAAAGGCCCACAUCAUAUCAACCAGCCUUAACUCAAUGCCGAUCUUUUACUGAGCAUAUUGGAACUAAUUACCUCUACCCCCUCCCACGGGUUCAGUACAACAUUAUUAGUGGAGCAGUUUCAACCACUUUAAAGGAUUUUACAUGAUCUCUGUUGUGUCGUUCUUCCGUACUGACUCGUGCCAUGCAGACGCCUUGUCAAAACCUAUGUACACGACGAGCAACGUGUAAUAUUUGUUAUGAUUGUUCUAAGUGUUUCUUUCACGUAAAAGGUUGAAAAUGAUAUUGUACUACAGUAAAUAAAGUAAUUAAAAUCUGUG